AUGACAGCUAGCUGGGCGUCGGGCGGCGGCGGCUGCGGCGACAAGAGCGGUUGCGACCGCAAUUUCGAUGGAACCCUGGGUGCUAGAAGCAGGUGGGGCGGAUUAAGUGGCACAGGAGGCAGCGGCGGCGGAUCGAGUGGAACAGGGGACGGCGGUUUCCUGGGCGGCGGCGGGCCGGGAGAACCGACGGCUAGGGUUUUGUCGGUGCUACACUUUGGUGGCAAAAAGCCGAUCUCCAGUAGCAGGCCAGGUGAUAUUGAGCUUGAGCCAGCAUCGUGUGCUAAACGUGCAGCGAAAGAAGAGAUGCUCAAGGGUUUCUUCCACGUGUUCGCCACAAAGGAGAUGGUCUAG